GUCCUUGACCAUGUCCUGUGCUUAAUUAGCUCUGGUUCAUUAAUUUGUCAAGCAUGAUGAGCUGAACAUCCUCCCCUACAAACCCACACAGCUGCCUCCACCCUCCACCACUUGUUGGCUGAUGUCUGCUGUGUGACUUCUGCUGCAAUGAUCCAGUAAACAAGAAGAUAAGAGAAGAAGGGCAGAGGCAACACAUUAAGGGAAGAAAGGACUCCUGUGUCAGCUUCAGAUGCUGGGAACUUCCAGUCCCAGGAAAAUUUAGCAAAUCCUCCUGCCAGACUGCAGAUAUCUGAAGGUUUGGACUUGAUCCAGGAUGAAGUAUCUAGCGCUGUUGCUCGGGGUCGUGGCUUCUGCUGCUUCAGUUGAAUGGAGGCGUCCAGUGAUCACGUUUAAAUCUAGGGAAGUGGGGGGUUCUGAGGUGGUGGUCAGGGUUGGGAGCCCCCUGGAUCUGAGUUGUGAGGGUGACGGACCUGUGAACUGGCACCCCAGACUACCCAAACACAAACGCUUUGUGUCCAAAAGCUCUGGGAACAUCUGCACCCUAAAGGUACCACGUCCCACGGCGGAAUUCACCGGAACAUACACGUGUGUUUACGCUGCUGAUUCCAAGGACAGCAAUCUGACCUCCUCAGUGCACGUGUUCGUGAAAGAUCCACAGCGUGUGUUCUGGACCAGCAGCACCUCCCUACGGGUGGUGAAGAAGGAGGGUGAAGCGUACAUGCUGCCCUGCUUGCUAACCGACCCCUCAGCCACCAAUCUGAGCCUCCGGAUGGACAACGGGACCUCCGUCCCCGCAGGGAUGAACUUCACCAUCAACAGGCAUCGUGGCGUCUUCAUCCACAGCCUCAAUCCCAGUUUUAAUGCUGACUACGUCUGCACAGCCAGGGUCAAUGGCGUAGAAAGGACCUCCAAGGCUUUUUCCAUCAACGUCAUCCAGAAGCUUCGUAGUCCUCCCUAUGUCUACUUGGAGACAGAGGAGUAUGUGCGAAUAGUUGGGGAAAAACUCAAGGUUGUCUGCAAAACACACAAUCCCAACUUCAACUAUAACGUGACUUGGAAAUAUUCCACCAAAUCGAAACCAACAAUAGAGGAGAUGGUUCGUUCCAGUGGAGAGAAUCGCCUGGACAUUCAGAGCAUCUUGACCAUUCCUGCUGUGGACCUCGCAGACACAGGAAACAUCUCCUGCGUCGGUACCAAUGAAGCCGGAGAGAACAGCACCACGACGUACCUGCUGGUUGUGGACAAGCCCUACAUCAGACUGUCGCCCCAACUCUCACCCAGACUGGCACAGCAGGGUUCUUUGAUCGAGGUGAAUGUGGGCGAAGAUCUAGAGCUGAACGUGCUGAUUGAAGCCUACCCUCAAAUUGUCGAGCACAGAUGGUUCACACCGACAUCUCCCAACACUUCCACUCAGGAGCACAAGUUCAUCCGAUACAACAACAGAUACCAUGCAAGCCUGCAGCUGAAGAGAAUGAACAUUCAGGAGCAAGGCCAGUACACGUUCUACGCCAGAAGCAACUUGGUCAACGCAUCCAUCAAGUUUCAAGUUCAAAUGUAUCAGAGACCUGUUGCAGUGGUGCGAUGGGAGAAUGUCACCACUCUGACUUGCACCUCAUUUGGCUAUCCUGCUCCGAGAAUCAUCUGGUAUCAGUGUCUAGGAAUACGGCCCACGUGCAAUGAGAGCACCUCCGGGUUGCAGUUGGCAGUCCCCCUCCAGGCUCUUACUGUGGAGGUCCAGAGGGAGGAGAACGGAGCUGUGGAAGUGGAGAGCGUCCUCAGAGUGGGACCGUCCACCCAGAGGAUGACUGUGGAGUGCGUGGCUUUCAAUUUGGUUGGCAUCAGCAGAGACACUUUUUCCAUGGAGGUUUCUGAUGAACUUUUAACCACCACCCUGAGCGGAGUAGCGGCAAUCAUGGCAAUCCUCCUGGUGCUGCUGGUUUUUCUGCUUUACAAAUAUAAACAGAAGCCCAGGUAUGAAAUCCGUUGGAAGAUUAUUGAAAUGAGUAGUGGAAACAACUACACCUUCAUUGACCCCACCCAGCUGCCCUACAACGAGAAGUGGGAGUUCCCCAGAGACAAACUCAAACUAGGAAAGAUCCUGGGUGCGGGUGCAUUCGGAAAAGUGGUUGAAGCAACAGCAUAUGGUCUUGGGAAAGAGGACAACGCCGUGCGUGUGGCUGUGAAAAUGUUAAAAGCCAGCGCCCAUUCAGAUGAGAGGGAGGCUCUGAUGUCAGAGCUGAAGAUCCUGAGCCAUUUGGGGCACCACAAAAAUAUCGUCAACCUGCUCGGUGCUUGCACAUAUGGAGGACCUGUGCUCGUGAUCACUGAGUACUGCAGCCUUGGUGACCUCCUGAACUUCCUUCGUCAGAAGGCAGAGACGUUCGUCAAUUCUGUCAUGAAUCUUCCUGAUGUCAGGAAGAACUCAGACUACAAGAACAUCUGCAGUCAGAGGCAGUUCAUCAGAAGUGACAGUGGGAUCUCUAGUGCAGCUUCAAGCACUUACUUGGAAAUGAGGCCAAGCCAGGUGCCAAAUACGGAACCAUUUCUUGAGUGUGACUAUGAGGAAACUGGUGACUGGCUGCUGGAUAUUGAGGACUUGCUGAGAUUCUCCCUUCAAGUAGCUCAGGGCCUUGACUUCUUGGCUGCCAGAAAUUGUAUUCACAGAGAUGUUGCUGCCAGAAAUGUCCUGCUGACCAGCCAGCGAGAGGCGAAGAUAUGUGACUUUGGCUUGGCACGGGACAUCAUGAAUGACUCCAACUAUGUUGUGAAGGGCAAUGCCCGGCUGCCGGUGAAGUGGAUGGCACCAGAGAGCAUCUUUGACUGCAUCUACACCGUCCAGAGUGACGUCUGGUCUUAUGGCAUCCUCCUAUGGGAGAUUUUCUCUCUAGGCCAGAGUCCAUAUCCGAGCAUGGCUGUAGACACAAGGUUCUACAAGAUGAUAAAGCAUGGCUAUCAAAUGUCUCAGCCUGGCUUUGCUUCGCUGGAAAUGUAUACCAUCAUGAGGAUGUGCUGGAAUCUGGAGCCCACGAAGCGUCCCACGUUUAAAAAAAUUAGUCAGAUGAUAGAGAAACUGCUGGGAGACCAACUUGAGGAGGAGCAGGUAGUGUACCAGAACGUGCAGCAGGAGCUAACAGAGGAAGACGUGCAUGACCAAUCCAAGUGCUGUGACCAGGCAGAAGAUCAGCAACUGCUGAUGAAGACCAACAACAAAUAUCAGUUUUGCUGAAAGCCCUGAAACAACCCUUCGUUUAUGAGUCAACACACAGAAAUGAGGAGAGUGAGAAAAGGCUGAAGCUUGUGGUCGAAGAGCGUUGCAGAGCCCUGAGCUGAGCUGUCGCCCUGUCUGCUAUUUUUUCCCGGCUGUCCAGACAGACUAGCGACGGCAGCAAAGCAUGUGACUCCCUUCUGUGACUAGGACAUCGCCACAUCGACCCCGACUGCAGACACAAAAGAAGGAACUACACGGUCAUUCUUAUUUUAGACCAGAUCUCUGCAAGGCUGAUCAUUAGUUCCUCUCCUAGCUCAUGAGGGCCCUCUUUUCUCAUUGUAUGUUUAUCACAGCUUUUACUGUUAUUUUUUUUAUUGCUGCCUCAUGAGGGUGUUAUUUUGUGGACGUUUAAGUCAGUUUUGUCAGCAGGAUCACUUCCUUUUUUAAUCCUUUUAUUGCAUGCAUAGUUAGAGGAAGCAGCUCCAUAGUCAAAGAGAAUUAAAACCACUUGAUCCAUUAUUCGCCCUGUUCGCUUUUGUUCUCUGACCUGUGAGUGAGCAUCUGAAGUGCAACUGUAAGCAUGUCAAAGCAAAUGAUGUGAGAAAGAAAAGACUGGUUGUGUUGCUCCGCUCCAGUGGAAUCAGUUUUAACGUACAACACCCCACUGUGACUGGUUUUCUUUUGUUGUUGUUGUUUUUUGGUUUUGCAGCAUGUGAUUGUUUUGCUUCUAUCUCAUUAAUUACUGGUGUUCAGCGUGAUUUGUGGAACAUGGCAAAUCAGUGGAUUCUGGACCGCAUGAACGAACAAUGUGAACGUUUUCUUUGUUUCCGAGGCACAGUUUAGUCCUCUCGUUUCCUGUAGCGUUAUUUAGACGAGUGUAGCCGUCAGCCUUCACUGCCAACAGAUUCUAGAGCGAUGUAUAAGCUAUGAGAGAGAUUCAGAUGUCCAGCACUUUGUGUGUGUGUUGGUGUGUCUGGAGUGUACAUAUAUACAUAUAAUCAAGAAUUAUUAUUUUCACUGAAAGGUUGUAGAUUGUACUACAUGAGUAUUUACUGUGUUUUUGUUCUAAAAGCAGCAAAUAAAAUCGUUGAAAAAG